CCGUGGUGAGUGGUGACAUCUGUCAAAAUAAAAUUUCUUAGCGUAAUUUUCUUGGCUGCUUUUGAUUAGAAAAUAUAAUUCAACACAGACAUGGGAGGUCAUGGAAGCGAACCAUAUAAAAUACCAGACUACAAGCAGUUUACAAUACAAGGAAUUCCGCAGUUAGAGGAGCUUGAAAAGGAGCUGGCAAAGAAAGGUCUCAAAGACCCUUGGAUCAGGAAUGAAGCUUGGAGGUAUCAUCCAGGUUUCGGGACACCUGCAGCCAGGGCAAGGAAGUUAUUUUUCCGUGGUUUCCCACUGGGGCUGGCCCUGACAGUGGUGACAGUGGCUAUCACCAAGCUUGCGGGUGGAGAUGAUGGUCAUGGCGACGGCCACCAUUGAUGCUCGCCUCUAGUUAUGUUUUACUUGUCUCAUGCACUCAUUUGUCAAGAAACUUUGUAUAUGUGCAUUGUGAACACCUACAAUGUGUAAUUAUAGAUUAUUUAAAGAACUUGCAGUUAUUACUUAGAUGGUGUGAUAUAGUUUGAAAUUAAAUUGUUUUUAUUAUAUUUUUUUUGUCACUAUCCUCAGACGCUGUAAUGUUGUAAAUACUUGAUGAGCCAGUGAGAUCCUGUAAUUUAUCAGUGGUGGUGUCAGUUGACUCUUCCUUUCUGAACUCCUCAGUAGGAACAGUAAAACAUUUACUUUGAAUCUUAUGCUUUAUUUAAUAAAAGAAGUAA